CGACCUGGACGAGACUCCAGCCUCAAACCUCGAUUAGGAUGUAAGACAGACGAGUUCUGUUGGUCGGCUCCACGGCUUCAGCGCUGGGAUCAACGAACUCAAAACCACCGUUAUCAGCUGAGUCCAUAAGACAGGAGGCUUUCCUUGACCAGUUUCCUGUAACCAUGGCGACAGGAAGUGCUCUGCAGUCAGGUUUGUGGUAUUGUGUGUUCGGGAAGCGGCCCGUUUCCUGCUGUUCCCGCCGGUUUCCUCUCCGUCGCUGGAGAGCCGCUCAGACGGUCGGCUUGUUUUCCUCCUGGAUUUACCCAAAACCGCCACACAUGGUCCAGAUCUGUGAGAAUCGAUGGAGUUCAAGCCAAACGACAUCACUUCCUGUCUGUGAUCCCCCCUGGCAGCGAUGCACCUCAGCCAGCUGGUCACCAGCAGCUCCUCCCUCCAGGUUCCUCCUCCGCCCAGCCGGGUCGGCGCCGGCCCCGUCAGGGGGACGGAGCGGCCCCCGGAGCCCCCGAGGAGCUGCGGCUCGGCCGGGAGGACCUGCUGGAGUCCAGACCUGAAGGUGGCGCUGCUGCUGGUGACGCUGGCCGGAGCCGUGAUCCUGCUGCUGCUCUACAGGCUGCUGCAGCUGAGGCACAGGCUCAGGCUGGCCCGGGCGCGACACGCCUUGGAGUACAACAGCUUCUACCACAGCGCCACCUACAGGCUGCAGCAGCCCACCGCCUGUCAGGAGAUCCCCACCAAGAACGGGUUGCUCCCUGCAGAACCGGCUCCCAUCCAGACCAUCACCACCAUAACUUCCAUCGUCGCUCCGCCUUCCCUCCCCCUGCCGCCGACCCCGCCUGCAGCGCCCCCGCCUGGGCUCCGGCCGCCGUCGCUGCCUCUGAUCCUCACCACGCCGCCCAGCCCCCACCUGUCCUGGGGUGCGUGCUCAGACGGGGACGUUUACUCUCGGAUCGGAGCCUUCCGGCCCUCCAGGCCGUCCAGCCUGUCCAGCAGAUCCACCGUCAUCCUGUUCGAACACUCGGCCCUCUGAACGUUCGCCCGGCGCUCCGGUUUCAUCCUUCAGCACCACGGGGGGAUCAAAGGUCACCAAAGGUCAUCACAAAAUUAACCUUUCAAAGCCAAAACAUCGUCUUUAGCUUCAGGCAGAUUGUUCAGCGUUACAUCAGAAAGUAUUUAGAAAUGAUAAAAGUUUAUUAGAAAUACUUUAACAGAAGCAAAAUGUUUCUGCAAUAAAAUUAUAAAUUUUGUUGUUGGACUGUAACUUAUAUCAUGUUUGUAAACAAAACAAUUUUACAACACAGCGUCAAAAAAAUAAAACUAUGAGGAAAAAAUGUCUUAAUAUUUCAAGAAUAAAGUCAUACAAGAAGUCUAAUUAUUACAACAACAAUAAUAUUCGUGUAAUAUUAGCUUAAUGUUAUUAAGCUAAUAUUAUAAUAUAUAUUUCAGGCACUCUGCUGUAAUAUCAGCAGAGUGCCUGAAGACAAUCAAUAGUCAGAAACCAAUUAAAGUUUUACUGUUCUGUUAACAAUAUAAGAAAAAGACCUGCUGACAUUAAUAGUUAAAGUCCAAUUCGGAUUAAAAAUCUGGUUCUGGUGAAACUGGAGAAAAGCCAAACAUUCACAGAGAAAACCUGCAAACUCCAAGCUGGGAAUAAAUCUCUCAUUCUUCAAAUUAAAAGCUCUAAAUAAACGACAUCAAAUCAAUUUAAUUAGAAUGUUUAAUUUGCACAUUAAUAAAAAAGAAAAACAUUUUUCUUAAUGUUAAUAAUCCUGAUUUUCAUAAUUCGAACAUGAAAACGUUUCAAUUCUUUGAAUAAUUUUGAUGUUUCUUGGUUUGCAUUGAGGGAAAAUUAUGUUGUUUUAGUCAAACUGAAAGCUUUCCGUUACCAUAGAAACAACAGAAAUGUUCAAAAGUCUAAUUUAGAGCGAUUCAAUCUAUUCUUGGCAUCGUAAUAAGACGUUGGCACAACAAAUAAAUGCUAGAGGACAUUUAGUCAAAUUGAAUCACCUGAUGCUUUUUUAUAUCUGAUGGAAACAUUUAGUUUUGUUUUUAUCAGUUAUUUUCUAGCUGUGAAAUACAAACCUUAAACACUUUAAA